AUAUUCUUUGCUUAUGUGUGUAAUAUGUGAAUGAUUUUUCUUUGGUUCAGAGUUUGAGUGUACACUAAUCCCAGGAAAACUGAAACAGAUUGAUGCCGGAGCUGGUGGCGUGUACGGUGUGAAUGAUAAUGAUGACAUUUUUCACUGGGUAGACAAUACCUGGAAGCAAAUUCCUGGAAAGCUCAUCCAUGUUUCUGUUGGACCUGCUGGAGUUUGGGGUGCGAACAGAGCCAACAAUGUCUAUAAGUUCCAGGACAAUAACUGGACAUCUGUAUCAGGGCUCUUGAAGCAGGUAGAUGCUGGUGGUGAUAGGUUCUUGGCUGGAGUGAACGCAAAAGACAACAUCUUCUGCUUGAGAAGGAGCUGCACGGUUUCAAGAUCUUCUGCUGUAUACUUCACCGAACUGGAUGGGGCGCUGAAAUAUUACAGCUGUGGGCCAAUGGGCUGCUGGGGAGUGAACAGCGCCAACAAUAUUUUCUUCCGCCAUAAUGUCAAACCAACAUCCUGCCAGGGAUCCCACUGGGAGCAGACUGAUGGCAGUCUGGUGAUGAUAGAGGUUGGCACAGAUGGCUCUGUGUAUGGCGUCAAUUCAGCAGGCAACGUGUACAAAAGGGAUGGGAUCAGUUCUGAAACCCCAACUGGAAGAGUCUGGACCCAGCUAGACUUCUGUGCCACUUUCAAACACGUCACUUAUGACAAUGGCUCUCUGUGGCUUCUCAGCCCAACUGGUGACAUCUAUCAAUGUGCAGAAACAGACCAUUGA